GUAACGAUGCGGGCAGCUGCGACUGUGCUGAGCGUUUUCCUCAGCUUGGACUUCCUGUCGGCUCAGUCCCAGUCAGGCCGCAUAAACAGCAGCAACGUUCAGACUGGUGAGACUGGGAGGAAGAAUCAGCCGCACAUCAUCUUUAUUCUGAUUGACGACCAAGGCUACAACGACAUCGGUUACCACAACCCCACCAUCAUAACCCCAACUCUGGACAAACUGGCCGGAGAGGGCGUGAUACUGGAGAACUACUACGUCCAACCGAUCUGCACGCCGUCACGGAGCCAGCUGAUGACCGGCAGAUAUCAGAUCCACACAGGAUUGCAGCACUCCAUCAUCAGACCCAGGCAGCCCAGCUGUUUGCCCUCACACAUGGACACGCUGCCCGAGAGGCUCCGCCAGGCCGGGUACGCCACACACAUGGUGGGCAAGUGGCACCUGGGCUUCUACAGGAAGGCCUGCCUGCCCACCAGAAAAGGUUUCGACUCUUUCUUUGGUUCGUUAACAGGAAGUGUGGAUUAUUACAGCUAUCGGUCCUGUGACGGCCCGGGUUUGUGUGGCUACGACCUGCAUGACAAUGAGAGCGUCGCGUGGGGCCAGGAGGGAAAAUACUCCACGACGCUGUUCACCCAGAGAGCCAGGAAGAUCCUGGAGAGCCGCAGCCCGACGGACGGACCGCUCUUUCUGCUGCUGUCCCUCCAGGCGGUUCACACUCCUCUGCAGCCUCCCAAGUCCUACAUCUACCCCUACCACAACAUGGCCAACGUCGCCAGGCGGAAGUUCGCCGCCAUGGUUUCCACGGUGGACGAAGCCGUCCGAAAUGUGACCUAUGCCCUCAGGAAGUACGGCUACUACAGGAACAGUGUGAUCAUCUACUCCACUGACAAUGGAGCCCAGCCUUUCACUGGAGGGAGCAACUGGCCGCUACGAGGCAGGAAGGGCACGUAUUGGGAGGGCGGGGUGCGUGGCGUGGCGUUCGUCCACAGCCCGCUGCUGAAGCGAAGGAGGCGGGUCUCCAGAGCUCUGCUCCACAUCACGGACUGGUUCCCCACACUGGUGGGACUGGCCGGUGGCAACAUAACCCAGAGCCAAGGUCUGGAUGGGUUUGACGUUUGGGCCGCCAUCAGCGAGGGGAAGGAGUCUCCACGAAAAGAGAUUCUCCACAACAUCGACCCGCUGCACACACAUCCGACUGAAACCAAGAGCCGGGACGACAAGCCCAGAAAGAAAGCAGCUGCAAAAAUCCCGUCCAAAGCAGCUGCGUUUCAGAACCUGAAGAAAGUUCUGAAGCAGAAACUGGAUAAAAAGUCUGGAUUCAAGCUAAAAACCACCAAGAAACCUCAGAUUUUUUCCCAUCAGGCUGCAAAGAAAUCCAAGCCUGUUCCCAAGCUGAAGCUGACGUCUGGCCCAAAGACGAAACCAGAACCAGAGCUGCAGCGUGGAAUCCAGUCCGGCAGCGCUCCAUCUGGCGCUUUCCACCAAAAAUCCAGAACCAAAUCCAAGAGAACCACGUCACACAACUUGUCCCAGUCCAGACCCGCUCACACCAAACCAAAGAAACCACUCAAAGAGCAGCUAACGCCAAAACCCAAGCAGACCUUCGUCCAGACCCAGAACCAGAACACAUCUCAGUCUGGAACCCCGACACCGUCUCCGCUGUGGGACACGUCUGUCCAGGCCGCCAUCCGGGUCGGAGACUGGAAGCUGCUGACCGGAGAUCCGGGUCACGGAGACUGGGUCCCUCCACAGAUGCUUCCCACCCUUCCGGGCCGCUGGUGGAACCUGGAGCGUUCCUCCUCGGUGCUCUCCGACCCGCCCGGCCCGAAGACCGUCUGGCUCUUCAACAUCGCGACCGACCCGUUCGAGCGGCGGGACCUGGCGGACCGCAGGCCAGACGUGGUCCAGCAGUUGCUGGAGCGGCUCGCCCACUACAACCGGACCGCCGUGCCUGUGUACUUCCCCCCCGACGACCCGCGGGCCAACCCGAGCCGGAACAGCCGGGCCUGGGCGCCCUGGGCAGACGGAGAGGAAGAGGCGAAAUAUCAGGGAGUUUAUAAGAAAGGUAAGAACGCCAAGAAGAAGAGGAAGAAGAAGAAGUGCCGGCUGUGCAAGCUGAAGUCGUUCUUCCUGAAACUGAACACGGGGAUGAUGUCCAACGGCAUCUGAGGGCCUGAAGCAACAGAGACUCUGAUUUACACUUGUUAUUCAAAAUGUCUGUCAUUUUAUGCCCAAUGAGAUGUGAUCUGGCCAUUUGGACCUUUAAAAGGUCGGUUCACUCAAAUAUCUGAGCUUAAUAGACAGUUCGAUGUUUCACAGAGAAUCCUCAAAGUUUAUUUACCAGCAGUUUCCAGUUCCGCCCAACUUCGGUUACCUAGCAACAAGCUGUUGAGUAACUGGCGCAGCAGCAGUUUAAUGUUUCACCACAAUGCCUGCUUAAAAACAAACAACUAGAUAAAACAGGAAAGGUCAGACCACCAGUCGACAAUCUUUCAGAUAUCUAAAGCAGAAAAACGUAAUCAAUAACUAUCUGCAUUGACUGGUAAGAAACGAUUACAUCAUAUCGUCCAGCUCUAAGAAGAAUAAAUAUGUAGUUGUGUGAAUUGAUCCUUUGGAGAUUGAAAACUACCUUUUAGUCUUGAAGAUGUUUUCUAAGGUUUAUAUGAUAAUUUUAUGUUAUAAAAUGUUUUUUUUAAUGUACGACUCAUGUUGUUUUGAUCAGUAACUUGAAACCCAACAGAGUUUGUGGUUCAUGCAGUGACACCGUGCGGUACCGACCUGUGCUUCCACACCAAAUUCAACUGAUUAAUGACGUUUACCUGAAGCAGAAGGUCAUGAAUUCAAGCAGUUUUGUUUAUUUUUGCACAUUUCAUUUCUUCCCUCCGACCAGGAGUGAAUUUAGGUUCAUUUUUUAUAUCUGGAUGAAAAAUGACCUGGAUUCUGGUUUUCAUGGUUGUUUACCGUUAGAAGCUGUUGCUGGCUGUUUCUCCAUGUAUGCAUGCUCAGACUUUACAGCUGAAUGUUCGUCUCGGUUCUGAAAUCUGAACCGGAUGUUUACAUGUGCAAUGUUUAACCAAAACUCAUUUCAAGGUUUCUCCUUAUUCAGUCUGAAAAACUGAUGCUGUAGUUGUCUGAAUGUAUCAACUGACAUUAAUUUCAACUAUGACUUUGUAAUUUAAAAUGUAUGACUGUGAACAGCAGAAACUGUCAUUUAAUCUUGUUUUCCUGAAUGUUUUCAGCAUAUAAAAGCCUGAAAUGAUUAAUUACCAACCAUCAAUGCAUCUGUUGGUUAAUUCAUUAAAACUGAAUGCGGUUUAUGAAUUGAAUGUGAUGUUUUAAAGGCAAUAGAAGGUUUGUGAGAAGUAAAAAUAAAUAAAUCUAAUUUAAAUAUUA